UUAGGAAAUCGGCAGUCUUGACAGAAAUACGAAGCUACGGUUGGGUGCUUGGUUCGCCGAAGAUACUAAGAAGUGGUAUUGUCUAUAAGUCAGGAAGUGAGAACUUUGUUUCAGUUUAGAUUUUUAAUUACAACAAGAUGUCAACACCAGCUAGACGGCGUUUGAUGAGAGAUUUUAAAAGGCUUCAAGAAGACCCUCCAGCUGGAGUUAGUGGAGCCCCAUCUGAAAACAAUAUUAUGGUCUGGAAUGCAGUAAUAUUUGGCCCAGAGGGAACGCCAUUUGAAGAUGGAACCUUCAAGCUCACAAUAGAAUUCACAGAAGAAUAUCCAAAUAAACCUCCUACAGUUCGUUUUGUUUCCAAAAUGUUUCAUCCAAAUGUCUAUGCAGAUGGUAGUAUAUGUUUGGAUAUUCUUCAGAACCGCUGGAGUCCAACCUAUGAUGUUUCUUCAAUCUUAACUUCUAUACAGUCUUUGCUGGACGAGCCGAACCCAAACAGCCCGGCUAACAGCCAAGCGGCCCAGCUGUACCAGGAGAACAAGAGGGAAUACGAGAAGAGGGUAUCUGCCAUUGUGGAACAGAGCUGGCGUGAUUGUUGACCUCGAGCCAGUUCUAAAAGUACGAACUGUAUCCAGUCAAGAGACAACACAGAGAAGAAAAGUGAUAUCUCUCAAGAAGACAACAAAAAGUGAAAAUACACAUCAUGUUUUGAAUUGUCAUCAUCCUCCUACUCGUAUAAAGACAUUUGUUCUGUGAUCCUUGCAAGGUAGAGUGCUGUUGUGAUGUUGUGGCCUCCUCACCCCUCCUAUCCUUUUCACUGAAUUUUCCUCCUGGAAAGAUUGCACAUUUAUCUAAGUAAAUGUACCUGGUUGUGCCCAGUUUUUUUUUACAAUGGGUGUCUCUCACAUGACCUUAAAAUUAGAUUAAUUUUUUUUCUCUCCAGGCAGGAGUUUGACAUAUCAUUAGUCUAUUUUUAAUUUGAACAGUUUGAAGUAGCUGCUUCAAGAGGGCUGACUGGAUUCUGGAUUUUAUUUUAUUUUUUUGGCGAGACUGCUCAGCCCCUAUGUGGCUGUUGCCAGACUACUGAUUUCCUGUCAUUGUGAAUCAUAAAUCAUAUUUGCAUUUGUGUUUUUAUUGUGGUUCACAAGACACAACUGCUUCAUUUCUUGUCUGUUUUUUUGAAGUUCUCAACAUACAUUCAACUGAUCACUGUUUCUAAGGAAGGAAGUGCAGUACCAUGAACCAGUUUGGUUUAUUUAUGGUUAUAUGAAUCCAUUUAAAUACUGCAUCAUGUCCUUUAUUUGAAGGAAAGAUUCUGGUUAACACAAGUCCAUUGAUGUGGCGGUUUUUACAAAUCUUUGGAAAGGUGCUUUGUGAAUCAGCCUUCUCCCCCUGAUAUCUGGUCGUGAAACUCGGGUUCAGAAGAAUGUAUGAAAAUAAAUAGAAAUUGAAUAGAAUUGAAGGUUGUGUUUGCAGUUAACAUUUUUGCAUCACAUGCUCCAUCUUUGUUACAGCCAAGGUGCAUGGUUACCUAGCUUGCUCAUUUUCUUCAGUUCCAUCUGUGCUGUUCCACACCCGCGUCACCCCCAUUCGAAGAGCUGGAAAGUCUGUCCCAACUGCCUGAGUGUGAUGCUCAUGUGCUUGUUCUGGGGCAGAAGUAUUGUCUGCUAAAUCUUUUGGGUAGUCCUUUUUCUAAUGCACAUUGAGUUCCAGAGUGACAGUAUAACUUUGCACUAGUAACCGGUGUUAAAAAACUACAUUUUCUCACUUCUUGUAAAUAAAUUUUAAAAGUUCGAAA